AUGGGAAAGAAGAAAUCCACCGGUACUGAAAAUGAGGGAUCUGGAAAACCAAAAGCCACAUGGCCUGAUGAGGUAGCAGCUAUAUUUUGUGAUAUAGCUAUUAAGGAAGUGGCCAAGGGAAACAGACCUGGUACACAUUUUGAUAAAAAGGGAUGGUCAAACGUUAUCAAGGCCUUUAAGGAGUUAACCGGAAGGGAUUAUGAUAAACGGCAAUUGAAAAAUAAGUGGGAUUCACUUAAAAAUGAUUGGAAAUUGUGGAGUUCACUGUUGCAUAAGGAAACUAGUAUUGGAUGGGAUCUGAUUAGGAAGACUGUCGAUGCACCUGCUGAGUGGUGGGAAUCCAAAAUUCAGAUCAAUCCAGAGUAUCGCAAAUUUCAUGACGUUGGAAUUAGUCCUGAAAUGAUGGCUGUUUAUGAUAACAUGUUUAGGGGUAGCACAGCCCUAGGUCACUGUGUCAUGAUUCCCUCAGCUACUAUAGAUAUUGAAGAGGUGGUGGAGGAUUCUGAGCGUAAUGACAUUUCUGGAGAUGAUGAGGAGAUGGACCAGCAAGGUGAACCAAGAGGGAAAAAGAGAAAAACUGUGGAGUGCCAAACUGGGCCUAAUAAAGAAAAAAAAGAUAAAGGAGUUAUGGGAGGGCCAAAGGGGAAGAAAGAAAAGGUGGGAGGUGCAGCUCAAUUGUCUAAACAAAUUGAUCGUCUUGUUGAAGUAGUCGAGAGUAGGAGUACAGCUACAUCUGUCCGUAAUACUAGUACAGAACAAGGAACUAGUAUUCAGGAGGUGAUGCGAGUUGUUGCAACUUUACCAGGAGCAGAAACUGGUACCAAGGUAUGGUGGUUCGCAACAGACUUGUUUUGCUCUCAAGAGAAGCGAGAGAUGUUUUCUAUUAUGACAGAUGAUGAUCUCAAGCUCCCGUUUCUGAUUCUUAAUCAGAAAAAAGCUGAAAAUUGAGUAGGCUGAUCCUACUUUGUAAUAAGAUGCGUGUUGCUUGUUGUUUAGACCUAAGCUGAACUCCUUUCUAUUUUUGUGAUUUUCCAGGAACUAAGAUUGCGUGAUGUUCAUUGUGUACGGUACUUUAUUUUACUAAGCUGAAAGUGAUAUUGAUGCAUCUUU